AAUAUGUAGGCGCUGUGUUUUCAGCAUAGUACUCCACAGAACCCCCAGAGACCAGCUCCAUCUGACUGACUGACAGCUGUAGCUCUCAUCGAUCCGCUCUAACUAAACUCAGGCUGUUUGCCCACUUUUGCUCCCAGUGUUUGAGGAAAGAACACGAUGGACUGUAUCAUAAGGGGGGAUGCAUGAAUAAAUGUUUUAAGGACAUUUUUUUGCUGCAGCUGCAUCAUCCACUCGUCUAACUCUUGUUCUGUUGCGUCUCAUUUGGUCCCCACAGCAGCUCUCACCAUGACAACAUUUGACUUCUCGGAUAUAGAGGCGUUUUUAGACUGCCACCCAGAUCUCUUCGAGGAGUAUCUCGUUCGAAAGGCGAAAUGUGAUCAAGUCAGCAGGUGGCUGAAGGAGCACCAGCCGUCCAAAGUGUCCACAGCGGAGGAGAAGCGCGGCGCGGCCAGGGACCCGUUCUGGCCGACCAACCCGGACGGGCUCCGGCGCAGGUCGUCCCACAUGGAGCUGCGACGAAACUUCGCCCGGUCCAAAGCCACCACCGCACACCGGACCUACGACGAGCAUGUGAGCCUGAGCGAACACGAGUCCCAGUCCAGCAUGAGGCGCCGCGCGCUGCUGCGUAAAGCCAGCUCCCUGCCUCCGACCACGGCGCACAUCCUGAGCGCGCUGCUGGAGUCCCGGGUCAACGUGCCCCAGUAUGCGUCCAGCGCCAUCGACUACAAGUACAGGCUCAAGGAGACCAACGAGAGGGAGUUCUUCCUGGAGCUGGUGAAGGACAUCUCCAACGAUCUGGACCUGACAAACCUGAGUUAUAAGAUCCUGAUUAAUGUGUGUAUCCUGGUGGAUGCAGACAGGUGUUCUCUUUUCCUUGUGGAGGGACCGGCGCACAAGAGGACUCUGGUGUCCAAAUUCUUUGAUGUGCACUCAGGCACCACUGUCAGACCGUCCUCCAGCACCCUCAACUCCAACGAGGUGCAGGUGCCCUGGGGAAAGGGCAUCAUUGGCUACGUGGCGGAGCAUGGCGAGACUGUCAACAUCCCAAACGCAUAUGAGGACCACCGCUUCAGUGACGAGAUAGACAAGUUAACAGGCUACAAGACUCAGUCCAUCCUCUGUAUGACCAUCUGCAACAGUGAUGGAGAAGUCAUUGGUGUCGUACAAGCCAUCAACAAAAACCCCACAGGAGCUCCGUUCACCGAGGACGACGAGAAGGUUCUGCAGAUGUAUCUACCCUUCUGUGGAAUAUCGAUUUCCAAUGCCAAGUUGUUUUCAGAGUCUCGCAAGGAGUAUGAAAGGAGUAGGGCUCUGCUGGAGGUGGUCAACGACCUGUUUGAGGAGCAGACGGACCUGGAGAAGAUAGUUAGGAAGAUCAUGCAGCGAGCGCUCACGCUGCUGCAGUGUGAACGCUGCUCCGUGCUUCUCCUUGAAGACAUCGACUCACCUGUGGUGAAGUUCUCCAAGACCUUUGAGCUCAUGUCUCCCUUGUGCAACAUGGACCGUGACAUCAGCAUGGAGAAGCUAUCGUGCUCCGAUUGGCUGAUCAAUAACAGCAUUGCUGAGCUGGUGGCUUCCACAGGACUUCCUGUUAACAUCAGCGAUGUGUGUCAGGACCCACGCUUCGAUGCUGAGGCGGACCAGGCCUCAGGGUUUCACAUCAGAUCAGUGCUGUGUGUACCUAUCUGGAACAGAACUCAUCAGAUAAUUGGAGUUGCACAAAUACUAAAUCGCCUGGACAGGAAGACGUUCAAUGACGCAGAUCAGAGACUAUUUGAGGCUUUUGUGAUAUUUUGUGGACUUGGAAUCAACAACACGAUGAUGUACAAUCAAGUGAAGAAGACGUGGGCCAAGCAGUCCGUCGCACUGGAUAUGUUGUCGUACCAUGCUACCUGUUCAAAGGUAGAAGUUGACAGACUCAAGGCAGCUAAGAUCCCCCUGAGCACCGAGUUAGGCAUCGAUGAGUUCCACUUCAACGACUUCUCUUUGGACAAUGACGCCAUGAUCACUGCGUCACUACGCAUGUUUCUGGAACUGGGCGUCGUCCAAAAGUUUAAAAUUGACUAUGAGGUUUUGUGUCGCUGGCUUUUGACUGUGAGGAAGAACUAUCGAACCGUGGCGUAUCACAACUGGAGGCAUGCCUUCAACGUGUCGCAGUGCAUGUUUGUUAUGAUCACAACGGCCAGGUUCCAGGACGUCCUGUCAGAGGCCGAGAUUCUGGCGCUGAUGGUCGGCUGCAUGUGUCACGACCUGGACCACCGAGGCACCAACAACGCCUUUCAAGCCAAGACCGGUUCUGCUCUGGCUCUGCUCUACGGGACCUCGGCCACCCUGGAGCACCACCACUUCAACCAUGCAGUCAUGAUCCUACAGAGUGAGGGUCACAAUAUCUUUGCAAACCUCUGCUCUAAAGAGUACAGCAACAUGAUGCAACUAUUGAAGCAGGCUAUUCUCUCCACAGACCUUACUUUGCACUUUGAGCGCAGAUCCAAGUUCUUUGAGUGUGUUCUGUCUGGAGAAUUCAGCUGGACGGAUGAAGGACACAGAGAAGUUCUCAGGUCCAUGCUAAUGACAGGAUGUGAUCUGGGAGCUGUCACGCGCCCUUGGAAGAUCUCCAAACAGGUUGCCGAGCUGGUGACGAGUGAAUUCUUUGAACAAGGUGACAGAGAAAGGUCUGAGCUGAAGUUGACCCCAGCAGCCAUAUUUGACCGCAAUCGCAAGGAUGAGCUGCCGGUCUUACAGCUGGAGUGGAUAGAUGGGAUAUGUAAACCCCUUUAUCAGGCAUUGCUGAAGCUCAACAGGAAGUUGCAGCCGAUGGUCGACGGGAUAGAUGCCAAUCGGAAUAAGUGGCAGGAGCUCUGCUCGUCCUAUCAGGAGGCACGCAGAGCUUCAGUGUCCAAUCAGAGCCCUGAAUCAGAUCAGAGUCCUGAGCACCAUGAAGCUGCAGAAACAGAUCGACACACAGACUCCACCGAGGCUCUGAAGCCAGCUGAAAGCACCAAGUUUGGGUCAAAGUCUAAGUUCAGUCAGGAUGUGAGGUGCAGACAAAACAAAAGUUCCUGCGUUGAUGGAAACUUGACUUCUACAGGAAAGAAGUAAAGUAAGUUAAUGUUAAAUAUAGGGUCAUCCCUGAAAUGACUCAAAUGGCACUCUUCCCUGUGAUUUUCUAACACAUGCACUACCCUAAAAUUAUUAUUAUUUAUUUUUUUAAUCUGGGUAAAUUAAAUGCAUUUUCUUUUUCCCAAGUGUCACUGUGUUAAACUCAGGAGUGUGAAUAAUUCCUGUUGGUCAAAUGAUAUUUAAAGGGCAGUUUCCCAUUAUCUGUCUAUCUAUCUGGAAGUUUUUCAUCACUGAGAUGGAUAAGAAAAAGAGACUGCUGUGAAAACCAAAGAGGGCCACUUAUUACUGUAAUGUUUUGUAAUGGGAUCUCCCUCAAAGGCACAAGCCCAUUUAAAUGCCAUAACAAAACAAAAAAGGAAUCACUGUGAUUUCUCUCACAUAAAAACACAAAUUGCCAUGAUGAAUGUAGACCGGAGCAUGAUGUUGUUCCUGAAUGUUUCUUACUGUCUUACCUCAGUUGCAAAUCUUUGGCUGCAUGGCAUUAUUUUCAGUGUUUGUGGGUUAACCAAGCCUUCAGCAGUCAACUUGUUUUGUGAAUUGCAUGUGUGUAUCAUAAAAACCUUGAAUCUCUAGAUAAGGAAUUAGGCAGAUAAGUGUGAAAGACAGAUAUUACUGUAUUGAUUUUGUAGAGAAGGCCACUGAUAGAACUCCUCAGGCUGAUUGUGUGUGAGAAACCACCAACCAACUUAAUUCCUUAAAAAAUGAUGAUACAGAGGAAUACAAAUGGUUUUGUCGUAUGGGUCUGAAACAUAGACUGUAUAAAAGAAGUGGAUCCUGGUCUAAUGCUGCUUGUGGUUACCACAUGGGAAGUCUUGGUGCAAUGGCCAAAAUUACAAACCUGAAGCCUGAUUACGAAUCUCACUUCAUUUCUUGGCAAAAGCCUCCUGAAUAGCAGCCGGAUUGGUUGAGUUGAGGCAUUGACCUUGAGUGCUAAGGAUCCAAAAAGCAGCUGGAUUUAUAAUAACACAAACUCAAUUUGAGGCUUCAAAAUGAGCCCAUAAAGCAACAGAUGAUGCCACAGAGGCUCCGUCCACUUCUAUCAUACAGUCUGAAAGGAACAAAGUGUUAAGGUAGUUUAGUUUUUUCACAAUAUCUAUUGUUUGUUACACAUUGGUUGAACAGUGAGACAAACACAUGUCUGUAUGUUGUAAUGCCUGAUCUACUUUCUGUAUAUUGAUAGUAGAAUCACAGUGAACCUCAGGAUGUCGGUGAUGACUCCACAUAUGCAUCAGCUGAGUUUCAGAGCUCCAUUUAUCUAUAUGCUGCACACUAAACACAAUGAAAAUCAUCCAUUUGUCUUACUCUGUAAGAAGGAAAGAUUCUGAACUAUGCCUUUAGAAGACUUCAGUUUUGUACAUACAGUAUGUAAAAAUGCCCAAAUGGAGGUUUAAAGGCUCUUAUAAAGCAGAAUGUGUCUUUGUGUAUCCAUUUGUUU